AUGUUUUUUUUUUCAGAACCAAAACACAUGACCGUUAUGGCGAUAGGUACUCCAGAAUCAACAAGCGCAGAUUCCGUGGCAAACGAUGAGAAAGAACGCGGGACAAACAGCCCGGAGCAAAGAUAUACUCCUCCAGAUGGCGGCUGGGGUUGGGUAGUGUGUUUAGGCGCGCUUGUGGUAAAUUUUCUAACCAUUGGACAACAAAACUCGGCUGGAGUGGUAUACUCUGAGCUUCUUUGGGAAUAUUCCACGCAAAGAGGAGAAACAGGUAUGGAUGAGAUAUAUUGUGUCUUUGUGCCAGACAACUGACAAAAGUCGACUCGAACAAAUGCCCUCUACUUACUUCUAGUAAUUUACAACUCUUUUAAUGAGGGAAAAAUUCUACAUUUUAUUUGGCCACGACUUGAUUAAGAGAGUUCAAACUGAAGUGAUCCGAUACUAUAAGGACGGCCAACGUUUCUCAUAUCAUGCUAGCCUGUGCCAGGCGUUCAGAUAGUGGGGAGCGGUGCGAAGUAAAAACCGUUCUCUACUUUUUAUCGCUUUCUUUACUUCGCACCGCUCUCCACUAUCUGAACGCUUGGAACAGGCUAAUAUCAUGCUCGACUACGUUAACAAAGAGCGUCUGUACAUUAUUUUCACUCUCAGCUCAUAUUUCUGACAUCUAUAAGUCAUAAUAUAGUAUAGCUAAGUCAGAAACUUCCAGAAUAACAGCUAGCUUGAGAGAGCAAACAAUAGAAUGGCUUUGGCUUUUUUUUAAGGUUAGGAAGGAUGCAACAAACUAUAAGACCGCUUAAUUCCGAGCGGCAAAAUUCAAAUCCAAGAGUUAUCAAAGACAAUGAUUACCCUUGGACAAUGGCAUAAAGAGGAUUUGGUAAUUCAGUGUCGUGAGCAACAAAUUCUCGCUUGCACCGGGAUUACAACGUGUUUAUGUCUCGAUGUUCGUGUCAUUCAUAAAAAAAGGAAACAAUAAAACAAAGCAAAACCUAAUAAAAUGACGUAAGACAGAAAAAAAUGAAAUAGAAAGUGUCCUUGUCUUUCAGAAAAACCUGGUGGUAAGCAGGUAUCCCCACAGACUUCCGGAAACGACAAUCAAGAAUUCACCUUACCUAAGCUCCUAAGGUUACCGUAUUUAUUCGAUUAACCGCCCUGAGCGCUUAUUAAAUUUACGGAUCUUGAGAGUUGGCACUUAUUCGAGGCUGGGCGCUUAUUAAAUUUUCACCAUUUUCGGCAAGUGUAGUAAUAUUAUUUUGCAACAAAACAAUGAAUUGUAAGAACAAAACGCGAGGAUGUAAAAAAGCAAGAUUUCUGUAAAAUACUCUGAAGAAGACUUCGUCUUCGGAGAAGUCCUUAUUAGUACUUAUUCAAUUUCAAUUCCAAUCUCAUUUUCUCUCAACUGGGAGGGAGGGGGAAGGGGCGGGGUGUGGGUGGGUACUUAUCGGAGUUUGAGUGGGAGGGGGAGGGGUAGGUGCUUACUCGAGGCUGAGCGCUUAUUAACUUUUUCUGCAUUUAGGAUGAGCGGUUAUUCCAGCUGGGCGCUAAUUCGAGGCUGGGUGCUUAUUCGAAUAAAUACGGUACUUUCGUUUUUUUUAAAUCUUUUUUUUCGGAAAGAUUAGAUCUUUACCACUGAAAUUUUUCUUUCUUUAAGAACUAUACUAAAGCUUUUGAAGUCAUAUGAAGACCUUGUCCGGCUCCUCAAAUGUUUUGGGUUAUAAGGACUUUAUGUCAAAUGCUAAGCUGCAUAAAUAACUUCGAUGAUCUUUCACGCGUCAGUAAGUACUUUCAAACGAAACCAGUUGUUUUUCAGUAUUUUUACGACGUGAUUUGAUAUUUUCGUCAGGUAAAAUAUUUAUUAUACUCUUUGGCAGCUUGGGUAGUUUCACUGGCUUCCAGCAUGAUGUACUUAUUUGCCGCUGUUGGCACUACCCUAGCUGAACGUUACGGAAGUCGAGCAGUGGUGAUUGCGGGCUCAUUUGUAUCGGCCGCAGGACUCUUCGCCAGCUCCUUUGCAACAACACUUCAACCUCUGUUCGUUACAUAUGGUGUGAUUUGGGGCCUGGGAUCAAGUCUAGGUUUAUUCCCUUCGCUUGUGAUCCUAACCAAGUACUUCAGAAGGCGCCUGGCCCUUGCAUCUGGGAUGGCGCUGGCGGGAGCAGCUAUUGGUACCCUCGCAUAUGGCCCUCUCAUACAAACCCUUUCGUCGAAAUACGGACUUGCGGUGACAUUUCGAAUUCUCGCUGGCGUUCAGAGUCUAAUGUUUCUUAGUGCACUGACGUUUCGUCCAGUGGAAAGGGAAAAAGCGCAAUUGAACAGGAAAACGAUGUGCGACUUUGCCAUUUUUAGAAACAGAGGAUACGCCAUCUGGGUCGCCGCGCUUUGCAUUUUUAUGUUGGUUUUUUUGGUGCCUUUCGUCCAUUUGGUAAGUUAUCAUAUUUUUGGUUUCCAACCACGUUACAAGGCGGCCAUGUUAGGGGUCAAAACAAUAGAAUUUUUCUUGAAGAAUUUCCAUGAAAAUAGAGUUUAGUUCCCAGAGGAGAGAAUGCUUUUGUUCUUGACCAAAAUGGCUGCCGUGACGUCACGUGCAAACCAGCAAUAGGCCUAAGAUGGCAAGAAGCUCAGUUGAAGAUUGAAACAUUUGCGCAAAUUUGUUUUGAAAAAAAUUUCAUUAGGAAACGUCACAUUCACACCACAAAACAUGGAACACGUGGUACUAAUUAUUUUGUGUGUAAUUCCACCCUUUGGGUCGGCGAAUGAAAUCUUGUGAUGUGCCAUUUUAAUAAAGCCUCUUUGUUAAUCCUUUCACAUGGUGCCAUUUGUUUUUCAGCAUUUUACUUAAUGAAAAUUGAAAAUCUUUGCCAAAAUUUGACUUUGGUGGUCACUUUUGGCAGUGAAAGGGUUAUUAUGUUAUUAGAAGUGUUUUUAGUCAGUUUUGACUCCCUUUCAGGUGCGUUUCGCUGAAGAUAGAGGAGCACGGAAGAGCCAAGCCUCCCUUCUAACAGGUUACAUGGCCGGCGGAGGUCUCUUGGGAAGUCUAAUAUUUGGAGCUGUAUGUGAUCUUCCGAAGUUUAACCGCCUUAAAAUUUGCCAACUUAUCCUGCUCUCGAUAGCAAUUUCAUCCUCCGUUGUUACCAUGGCAAAAAAAUACGAAUGGAUUUGCGUGUACGCGUCCGCAUUCGGCGUACUCGACGGUGGUUAUGAAAUGCUUGUGCCUGUGAUCACGCGGGAUAUCGUGGGCCCGCGCAAAGUCAGUAGCGCUAUAGGCGCGCUUUAUUGCAUAAUGGCAUUUCCAAAAACGCUUGGACCGCCCAUUGCGGGAUCGCUCUAUGACACGACUAAAGACUACAACGCGUCGUUUUUUCUCACGGGUGCAGUGACAAUACUGUCCACGGCCGUAAUGUUUCUGCUAAACUGGGUUCCACACGCCAAAGGCCACGACGUGGAGGAAAUAGCAAUGCCGUCUUCAACAUCUGAUACCAGUCCUUUGAACAAAGAUGACCGAAGGAGCCUGAGACAGAGUUUAAGCCUGGCAACCGCUGACAGUUUACAAGCGCAGCGACACGGUUCUACAUUAUGGUUUCCGUAUUACCUCGUUGAAAGCAACGGAGAAUACAUUUACUUGGAAAAACUAAGCGUUGUUUGA